AUGCAGAAACUAAGACAGCAGAAGGAAUACGCGAAGCAGGUGAAGGAGUACAACAUGAAGACCCUCUCCCUCCUGUCCAACCCGCCGGCGGCAAAGCCCGAGAACAGCCCCGGCCUCUCCCGGCAGAAGGCUUUGGAAUACGCUAAGACCAUCCCCAAACCCAAAUCUUCAAAUCUGGCUGACCAGGCGUCAAAGGAAAAGAAAAAUCCAGCCUCCGCUGGAGAAGACACGUUGCCAGAGAUCUCCCUGCUGGGCAUCCUGCAGAGCAGGCACGAGCGGGAGAAGCAGGCCGUGGCUGCCUUCAAAGUCCUGCACAUCGUGUAG